AUGAUCCUCUGCCCGGCGAGCCCGGGCGAUGCCAGGGGUCGCGAAGCCCAAGGCUCCGUCGAGGUCGUGCUUUUACACCUCUUCGUCGAUGCCCAGCGCCACUGGAAUUCGCUGACACCUCGGUCCCUGGCCAGUGGGUCCCAAGCCUCGUCGCGGAGGGGAGGGAGCAUCGGAACCCUGGGCGCCCCAUCGGGUCUCCUUUGCCCGUUCCUGUUUCACUCACGGCUGGACUGGCAGCAGCAUCGCUUGAUGCAAGUUCGAUGCUCUCGCAUGAUGGGUUUUGUGCAGUCCGGCACCGGAACCAGCCACAGCCAUCCCUGUGCUCCUCACUUCACGCUCAUCGCUGAGCACUCAACAGCUGACCUGCACCACCAGGCAGACUUGCAAGAUUGUAGGCCCUGGCACUUCGCAUUCUCUGAAACGCACGACGAGCUGCUGAAGUACCGCAUCGUACAGCAGAUCCGAGCUCGGCAAGCAAAGCGUGGAGAGUACCCCACGCAGCGUGAAAGGCAGCUCUUCUACAAGCUGGAUGAUGCUAUCGACUACAUGAAUGAGAUCCUUGCACUGAGCCGCAAAGCAAGGCAAGAUGCAAAUGUGAACCUCAUGAGGCUGGCCGCUUCAACCGAGACCACGCACGAUGUGGAACAGAUGCUACAGCGGGCGUAUGCUUUAACAGGGUGCAGCUGUGCUCUAAGUGCAAGCACAUUACCUCCGGUCCAAAGAUGUGACGGAACUUGGCAUGGCAGAGUGCUGGGUAGCGGUGUGACAGUGCGAGCUUUUCACGAUUGCGUGCAGUGGCAGCUGGCGCUCGUGCCUGCUGCGACUGGAUGCGAAGAUCGAACCCACGGCGACAGCAGGAAGAGCAAUCUCGUCUUUCUCAAUCAUGUCGCGACACUGAUCUCAAAACGCAUUCAGGGAGAAGCUGACAGCAACCUGGCAGGUCGUACGUAUGCUCAGCGUAACGGAACUUGGCAUGGCAGAGUACUGGGUAGCGGUGUGACCGAGCGAGCUCUUCACGAUUGCGUGCAGCUGCAGCUGGCGCUCGCGCCUGCUGCGACUGGACGCGAAAAUCGACCCCAGCGCGACAGCAGGAACGGCAAUGUCCUCUUUCUCAAUCAUGUCGCGAAACUGCUCUCAAAGAGACUUCAGGGAGGAGCCGGUAGCAACCUGGCAGCUCCUAGACACCGCCGAUGCUCCAUCGAAAACGGCUCUGCGUCACGCUUCCACGGCGCGGACACGUUGUGGACACCAGCUGCGAAGGAUAAAAACUUAGAGAACGCAUAG